AUGAAGUUCUCCAAGACGACCACCGCGACGUUGCUGUCGCUGGCCUCGGGCGCUGCUGCUGCCUCGAACGAGACGUGCCGGCCCAAGGUAGAUUCGGAGCAGCUCCAAGCCGACCUGACGACUGAAAACCUGAUGGCCAACCUCGAAGCCCUCAACGAAAUCGCCUUCGCCAACGGCGGCAACCGCGCCUUCGGCCUGCCGGGGUACGCCGCCUCGGUCGACUACGUCUGGGACCGCAUCUCCUCCAUCCCCGCCACGCGCGCCUGGAAGCAAGACUUCCCCGCGACCUUCGGCCAGGUCGUCUCGAUCGACUUUUCCAUUGACGACGAGUCCAUCUACGUCUUCGGGCUGACGUACUCGCCCUCCACCAGCGAAGAGGGCAUCACCGCAGAGCUCGUUCUGGGCCCCGACGGCGCGGCGGGGUGCGACGCGGCGAACUACGAGGGGCUGGACGUGGCGGGCAAGAUCGUGCUCGUGCAGCGCUUCCGGUGCCCGACGGGGGGCACGCUGGCGGGAAGAGUGAGGCCCGCGGCGGCGGCGGGCGCGGCGGCUGUGAUUGUGUAUCACGACAUUGAGACGAACGCGACGGCGGGGAGUUUGAGCGCGCCGGACCCGGAGGGGUUUGUGCCGGCUGGGUUUAUCAACCUCGCGGACGGGUUAAGGAUCAAGGAGAGGUUGGAUAAUGGGGAGAGUGUAACGGCGCGCUUCCAGCAGACGCAGAUCGUCGAGGAGCGGAUUACGCAGAAUGUGUUUGUCGAGACGGAGGAGGGCGAUCCGCAUAACGUUGUGAUGCUUGGAGCGCACCUGGACAGCGUGCAAGCCGGCCCUGGCAUCAACGACGACGGCUCCGGUACCAGUCUUCUUCUAGAGCUUUUCCUCGCCCUAACCAAAUACCGCACCAAGAACAAAGUCCGCUUCGCGUGGUGGGGCGCCGAAGAAAACGGCCUCCUGGGUUCCAAGUUCUACUGCGCCAACCUGCCGCCCUCCGACGUGGACGACCUGCUGGUGUACCUCAACUUCGACAUGGUGUCCAAGGGCUUCUUCGGGGUGGCGGACACGGACGGCAGCAGCCACGGCAGCGUCGCGCCGCCGGGGUCCGACGUGGUCGAGCACAUCUACGAGGCGUACUUUGCCGAUAAGGGGCACGUUGUCACGCCGGCGUUGCUGACCAACGGCAGCGACUACGCGUCCUUCUGGCAGAUCCUCAACAAGCCGUUUGGGUUCCUGCACACGGGCACGGCGGUCGCGCAGGACCCGUGCUAUCACCAGGCCUGCGACACGAUUGCGAACCCGGACCCGGAGGUGAUUACUGUGAACGCCAGGGCUGCGGCGCAUAUGGUGACUGUGCUGUCUCUCAACGGCACCGAGUUGAUUCCGAAGACGUCUGUUAAUGCGACCAUGCUGAGCCAUCUGCAGACGCGCAGUUUGGAGCCUGAUGUGAUUCGGAUCGAGGAGUUGGAGGCGCUGGGGGAGCGUCAUCUCGGAUGCGGUCAUGACAUUUAG